UCCCUCCCCCAGGGCUCAUGGGGCGGGUCCGGUUUGCUCAGUAGCGGCAGCAGCCCUGGGGCUGAGCGGCGGUGGCCUCCUGGCAGCGCUGGCAAGAGGCAGCUCCGUCCGGGAGCCCAGGCCCUGGGGAGAUCCAGUCCAGUCGGCUGCCAGGAUGGAGGAAACGUCGAGUGGAGCCGGAGCCACCGGGGACGGACUUCCUCCCCAGCUCAGCUCCCCGACAGCUUGGCGAGGCCUGCACCAAGGGCCGACCAGUGGAAGAGGCUUGCGCCUCGGGCCUGGCAGCCGCAGCCGAGGAACGAGGCUGGCACAGCGGGGUAACGCGCGAGCCGGGGCCGUUCUCAAGAACCUACGGCGCCGCGGCCGCUCAUUGUCUCUCCCCCUUCAACCCGGGGGCAAACAGGAAGCCCGCCGCCAGGCCGAGCGACGGACAGGCGUCCGGACCAAUGAGCACAGCUGACGGAGAGCCUAGCGGCGAAUGAGCGCCGGGAAGAGGGGCGGAACUUCCGGGCGGGCUGUCACCCUCUUCCCCCCUUUUGGGCUGGAGGCUCCACCUUUUGUGUUUCCCGCACAGUCAAUCAAAAUAGGAAAAAAAAAAAUCCCCGGACCGCUCCGGCCGUGUCCGCCGCCGCUUCCCGCAUCCUCUCCCGCCGCCGCCGCCUUCGCUUCUCACCAUGUGUAAGGCGGCGGGGAGCCCCGCCUGAGGUGUCCUAAACACACUAUGACCGGUACGUAAAGCCGAGAGAGAGCAACCCUCGCUGCCUCCGCCGCUGCCACUGCCGCCCACCGCCGGCUCCGGGCCCCGAGCGUGCGACCGAGUGUCUGUGGAGGCAGAAAGCCGC